AUGAAUGCUCUAACACCAUUCGAGCUACCUGGCUCAGUCCAAUUCCCGCUUAACAUUCCUUCCUCCUUCCACAAAAUCUUCGUCCUCCUGGACACACGAGACCCCGUAAAAGUCCUUCCAUGGGUGUCAAAUGUACCAACUGGAGAGGAGAUAUUCCACAACCAGAACAACUUUAAAUCUGUCACCCUUGAACAGAUUAGACAGGAGCUCUUAGAGCUACCUGGUCACCUGUCCCUGCCACUCCUGGCAAUUUUUGGUGGUCACAUUUCUGGAAAAAGAAAUCCAGAUGUGAGAGUCAACCCUGUCUUUAAUGAAAAACAUCCCAAAAGUGAUGGAAUCGAAUCCAGUGAACUGGACAGUGAAAAUAACAACAUAUCUGAUGAACAGUCCAACGCAGAAAUCCUAGCCAAUCAAAAUACAGGAAAUCAGUUAACAAUGGUCACCAAUCAGGAGGGUCAGGUUUCUCCACGAUCGGAACGUGAGAGUUUGAAAGUGACCAAUGGCAGUGUAUUAGUUGGUGACAUAGUCAUAGAGAAUGGAUACGAAAAUCCCGGAUUUGAGGGAGAUGUAUUGAACAGUCAAACUACGAUAGACGAGGAUGGAAAUCGUGGAGAAACUGUUAAAUCUACAGUGGAAUAUUCUGGUAAAGAAACGGACAAUAACAAUAUAUCGGACUGGCCUGACCUCGAUGAUAUUACGUUGACGGAAGCUGAGGUGAAUGAUCCAAAUAAGGAAGUGUGUAACCAUAACAACAGUGAUCCAAGUGGCUUGUCCCAGGAUACAGGUUUACUGAAUGUUGAUAUAAACCACAACGCAUUUCAUGGUGAUAAUGAGAAUAUAAUGAACAAAGAUGACCAUGGUUGUCAUACCAACUCAAAAUCAAACGGUGUCACUCCACUUGAGAAUGAUGACAUUGAACUUGACGCCGUCAUAAUGAGAGGAAAAGGUGAUUCAAAAGACUGGACACAGAUCAACGGAAGUGAAGUCAACGGAGGUGAAGUCAACGGAAGUGAAGUCAAUGGAGGUGAAGUCAACGGAAGUGAAGUCAAUGGAGGUGAAGUCAAAGCAGUAAAGAAAAUCAAAGAAAGGAAAAACUCUGUACCAGAGCAUAUUCAGAAUUGUGCAACUUUAGACAGACCUAAGGGGAUCAAACCUAUUCUUGUGUCAGGAAUUUCAGUCGAGGAAACUGAUCCUUCUGGUGAACAGUCUGAACACAAGAGUGUUAAGUUUUCAGACGAUACCGUGUUCAAUGACGGCCGACCGAACAAGUACCGACGAGACACAAAAUUGAUUAACCUACGGGAGAUCUACAAAGGAAAGGUAAACAGUGAUUUUGCCCUCGCCAAGCCAAACCCAAUCUUUUUGGAUGACAGUGGUCUCGAGAACAGUCUAACUGAUGAUGAAAAAGUAGCUCGCAGUUGGGCCCAGGAUGAGGCCGUUGACAUUGAAAGCAUUGAAAUGGAAGAAAAGCCUCGAUACGACAGACUCAUCAAGCAAACCAUUGCUAGGCAACGACGCAGCAAACUGAUUCGCCUUAUUUUUGCUUUUCUAGCCUUUCUUGUUGUAGUAGCAGCAGUUGUUUUGUUAGUUAUAUAUUUUGGAAAGUCCUGAUAUUUUCUACAUGAAUUUUCGUGUUGUAGGUGCAUCAUUUGUCCAGUGUAAAAUUGCACAUCUUAAUAAAACCUGUUUAAUCUGACCCUGAGAAUGUUCUCACAUCUCAAUAAAACCUGUUUAAUCUGACUCUGAGAAUGUUCUCACAUCUUAAUAAAACCUGUUUAAUCUGACCCUGAGAAUGUUCUCACAUCUUAAUAAAACCUGUUUAAUCUGACCCUGAUAAUGUUCUCACGUCUUAAUAAAACCUGUUUAAUCUGACCCUGAUAAUGUUCUCACGUCUUAAUAAAACCUGUUUAAUCUGACCCUGAUAAUGUUCUCACAUCUCAAUAAAACCUGUUUAAUCUGACCCUGAUAAUGUUCUCACAUCUUAAUAAAACCUGUUUAAUCUGACCCUGAUAAUGUUCUCACGUCUUAAUAAAACCUGUUUAAUCUGACCCUGAUAAUGUUCUCACAUCUCAAUAAAACCUGUUUCAUCUGACUCUGAGAAUGUUCUCACAUCUUAAUAAAACCUGUUUAAUCUGACCCUGAGAAUGUUCUCACGUCUUAAUAAAACCUGUUUAAUCUGACCAACAAAUAUUCUCACAUCUCAACAAAACCUGUUUAAUCUGACCCCUAAUAUCUUUGCAUUCUGUACCGUCUGACAUACAACAUGAAGUUAAAUUGAUGCUGUUUACAUUGCUCAGGCUCUUGCUGGUUGUUGUGGAAGUUUACAACAUUUUUACAGAACAUUUCAAUAUUUCUUUUAGUUAAUUUAUAGUUAGUUUUUUUUUGAUGUUUGAAGUAAUAGUUACAAAGUAAGAUCAAAGUUUUAGAGUUAACAUAGAUGUAAUUUGUACUCCACAAAGGCAGCAAUUCUCCCCAACUCUAUCGUAGACAAUGAGCUCUAUUGUAGACAAUGAGCUCUAUUGUAGACAAUGAGCUCAUCAAGGAUCACUUUCAAAUAUUUGUGUUGUAGACAAUGAGCGCAUCAAGGGUCACUCUUAAAUAUUUGUGUUCCAUUUUUUUACUGAACUGCAAUGAAUAUAUUUAGAUAUGGUGGCCUUUUUGCCAGGUAAAUUUAGUACUCCACUUCACUAUGGAGAUUGUCUGUACCCUCCUCCUAGGAUUACAGUCUCUAUAUGAUUGUCCGUACCCUCCUCCUAGUACUACAGUCUCUAUAUGAUUGUCUGUACCCUCCUCCUAGGAUUACAGUCUCUAUAUGAUUGUCUGUACCCUCCUCCUAGGAUUACAGUCUCUAUAUGAUUGUCCGUACCCUCCUCCUAGGAUUACAGUCUCUAUAUGAUUGUCCGUACCCUCCUAGGAUUACAGUCUCUAUAUGAUUGUCCGUACCCUCCUCCUAGGAUUACAGUCUCUAUAUGAUUGUCCGUACCCUCCUAGGAUUACAGUCUCUAUAUGAUUGUCUGUACCCUCCUCCUAGGAUUACGGUCUCUAUAUGAUUGUCUGUACCCUCCUCCUAGGAUUACAGUCUCUAUAUGAUUGUCUGUACCCUCCUAGGACUACAGUCUCUAUAUGAUUGUCUGUACCCUCCUCCUAGGAUUACAGUCUCUAUAUGAUUGUCUGUACCCUCCUCCUAGGACUACAGUCUCUAUAUGAUUGUCCGUACCCUCCUCCUAGGAUUACAGUCUCUAUAUGAUUGUCUGUACCCUCCUCCUAGGACUACAGUCUCUAUAUGAUUGUCCGUAUCCUCCUCCUAGGAUUACAGUCUCUAUAUGAUUGUCUGUACCCUCCUCCUAGGACUACAGUCUCUAUAUGAUUGUCUGUACCCUCCUCCUAGGAUUACAGUCUCUAUAUGAUUGUCUGUACCCUCCUCCUAGGAUUACAGUCUCUAUAUGACUGUCUGUACCCUCCUCCUAGUACUACAGUCUCUAUAUGAUUGUCUGUACCCUCCUCCUAGUACUACAGUCUCUAUAUGAUUGUCUGUACCCUCCUCCUAGGACUACAGUCUCUAUAUGACUGCCUGUACCCUCCUCCUAGGACUACAGUCUCUAUAUGACUGUCUGUACCCUCCUCCUAGGACUACAGUCUCUAUAUGAUUGUCUGUACCCUCCUCCUAGUACUACAGUCUCUAUAUGAUUGUCUGUACCCUCCUCCUAGGACUACAGUCUCUAUAUGACUGCCUGUACCCUCCUCCUAGGACUACAGUCUCUAUAUGACUGUCUGUACCCUCCUCCUAGGACUACAGUCUCUAUAUGAUUGUCUGUACCCUCCUCCUAGGAUUACAGUCUCUAUAUGCUGUUAUUUGAGGACAACGUCAAUCUCCCAGAACUGCUAUAGGUUUUAUUUAUAUCAAAAUCUGUAAAUCAUCUCAAAGUCAUUCAUUUGUCAGCAUAUUCAUAAUUUUAAUUUUGGAAUAUUUGACAACGAUGUUCAACAGAUAUAACCAUGUUACAUGUUUGGCAAUGUAUAUUAAAACUUUAUACUAGAACCAAUGUCCAUUAAGUAGGUCACAACUUUAUAUUAUGUCAGACAUGUAUGCCAUAUUUGUCAAUGUUAUAUUGUUAAAGUAUAUUUCUUAUGUGUAUAUGUGGAUAUAUAUUGUACAGAUUCCGGUAUUUCUGCUUCGAUUAUGUACAUUAUGCUGUACGUGACCUAGUUCUUCUGUACAGUGACCUAUUUUUAUCAGUGUAAAUGUACUGUGACCUAGUUUAUCAGUAUAAUGACCUACAUGUGCACCAGUAUGUCAUUAGGAGCUUUUACUGUCAACCUGCAUAGAAGAAUGUACGUUACUGGUAUAGAAGUAUGUACGUUACUGGUAUAGAAGUAUAUACGUUACUGGUAUAGAAGUAUGUACGUUACUGGUAUAGAAGUAUAUACGUUACUGGUAUAGAAGUAUGUACGUUACUGGUAUACAAGUAUGUACGUUACUGGUAUACAAGUAUGUAUGUUACUGGUAUAGAAGUAUGUACGUUACUGGUAUAGAAGUAUGUACGUUACUGGUAUAGAAGUAUAUACGUUACUGGUAUAGAAGUAUGUACGUU